GUCAAGAGGUACUUCUGUCAGCUGCUCUGAAACGGAAAUCCUUUGAUUCAAACUUUGACUUGAGACGAAGGAGUAGAAGUUCUUCGUAAAAUUGAUGAGGUAGGUGUCUCUAUCGAUUGAUUUACCCUACAAUCUUAUGACCUGCUUAAAAUUUAUUUAGUACUGAGAUGCAAACAUCAAGCCAAGUUCAGAAUUCACUGAUGGUUUUGAGACUCUUUCUAUAAGUCAACUGCUGCAGUCUAAAGACUAUCACAAAAGGUCUGAACUGACUGCUGAAUUGCAGAUGUACUACCGAGUAAAGAUCUUGCUUGCCUGCAUGGUUUUGAAUAUUCCUUUGCGCAAGAAGUUUGCGAUUCCAUAUGUGAAGACAGCCUUCAACCUGUUCUACAACUGCAUCUACAAAUACUCUAAGAAGAAACUUAUCAAAUUGCUGAAGUUCAAGCCCUUUGCAGUCAUCUUCGAACAAUUUGUCAGCGAAGGCCAGAUGGAGAGAAUGCUAGAGAAUGAUGUCACUUUCUCAUCAAACCUGGAGGCCUAUCAAGAGAACUUUCAGAACUUGCUGACCAUCGUGAGAGCCUAGUUGCC